GUAGGAUGGAAGGCAGCAAAUCACCAGAAUACAGAUGGGAUAAGUUGGACAGAACCUUUGUGUCAAGAUGUUCCAGCACUUGGAAUGAAUGAAAUGGCCUGUUUGGAAGCUACCCAAAGGGAAGAUCACUGAGUAGACAGGAUUUCUUCUUCUUGUGUUCUCAUCAGUCCAGUACCAAACAGGGUUAUAAAUGAAGAGAGAAAGAAACCAGCUGGUUAUUGGUAUUUUCAAACGUGACUAAUUGCCAACAUUCAGACUUAAGAAUCAUGGCUGAAUCGGGUGAUAGCAAUCGACUUAUAGUCAUGGAAGUACAUCAACUUAGACAUGCACAAAGUUAUCAAGACACAACUUCAGUGGGGCUGAAAAGAGUGCAAAAGCGUUUUCUUCAGAAAGAUGGAAAUUGCAAUGUCUACUUCAAACACAUCUUUGGGGAGUGGGAGAGCUAUGUGACAGAUAUUUUCACCACAUUAGUCGACAUUCAGUGGCGUCAUAUGUUUGUGAUCUUCUCAUUGUCCUACAUUCUUUCCUGGUUGUUCUUCGGCUUGGUCUUCUGGUUGAUUGCACUCCAACAUGGUGACUUAUCAUCUGAUGAAGAAGUCACUCCUUGUGUUGAUAAAGUCCAUAGUUUCACAGGGGCUUUCUUAUUUUCUCUUGAAACCCAGACAACCAUUGGCUAUGGAUCCCGUUGUGUCACUGAAGAAUGCCCUGCAGCAAUCCUGAUGGUUAUCCUUCAAUCAGUCUUAGGUUGCAUCAUCGACACAUUCAUCAUUGGAGCUGCCUUGGCCAAAAUGGCAACUGCUCGGAAGCGAGCUCAGACAAUCCGUUUCAGCUAUUAUGCCACUGUAGGCUUAAGAGAUGGCAAGCUUUGUCUGAUGUGGCGUGUUGGUGAUUUCCGGCCCAACCAUAUGGUGGAAGGCACAGUGAGAGCCCAGCUCUUGCGGUAUGUGGAAGACAGACUGGGGAGAAUGGUAUUGGAAUACAAAGACUUAAAACUGUUAAAUGACCAGAUCAUUGUUGCUACUCCAGUGACCAUAGUACAUGAGAUCAACCAGGACAGUCCACUGUAUGAAAUGGAUAGGAAAACCCUGGCAAAAGAAAAUUUUGAGAUCCUGGUGACUUUUGUUUACACUGGAGAUUCAACAGGGACAUCACAUCAGUCCAGGAGUUCUUAUGUGCCCCGAGAAAUUCUUUGGGGCCACAGAUUCAAUGAUGUUCUGCAGCUGAAGAAAAAAUACUACAAAGUUAAUUGUCUUCAGUUUGAAGAAACCACAGAGGUUUAUGCUCCUUUUUGUAGUGCAAAGCACCUUGAUAGAAAGGAACAAGAAUACACAAGUUUUGAAAGGACCUCAGAUAAAGAACCUGGAACAUCUUCAGCAUUAUUAGGCCUCAGAGCGCGGUCAUUUAGUGCUGACACUUUAAUCAUUCAUUCUGAAAUGUCAGAUAGAUCGGCCAAGGUUCCUCAUCAAGUCAACACUAAGGAGCUGCCAUAUGAAAGUGCUUUAGGGACUUUAAGCAGAAUCUCAAUGGAAUCUCAGAUCUAGCAAUCUGUGACCACAGCUGUUGUGAUCUUUUUUGCAAGGUGGUGGCAUUUUUCAAGCGCACACGUUUCACUGAAGUAUUUUGAAAUCUGGUCCUGAAAUCAUCAAGACAAGAAAUAACUCACCACUUACUCAAGAUUUCUUUUUAAUUAGUAUUUAUGUUUAAUAGAUAAUUCAAUUAUUCAUUUCAUUUAAAGUUAUACUUCUUUGAAAGUUAUAGAAUUUCAUAGGCCAAUUGUAUAGUUAGAAAACGAAUUCUCAGAAACACAAAUGAAAAUCUAUUGACAGAAAUUAAUUCAGAGAGAUUGUUUGAAUAUAACCAUUCUGAAACCCAUGUAAUAAUAUUAUUUAGGUUCAUUAAUGCUGAAUUACUCCAGCUAAGUGUGCUUAAGAGUGAUCUACAAGUAAAUAAAUUUUACGUCUUAAUAUAUAUGUCUAUAUUGCAGCAUAAAUUAAUCAAAAGCUGUAUUUUUGAACUGUUGACAAUAUUGUUUUUGAUGUUCAUGUUAAGUUUUUCUUGAGGGAAUGUAUUUCUCUUUAUGAAAAUACUCAGAUUUAAGCCUCUUUCUCCUGUCUUUUGCAGUUUCAAAUAAAAAAAAAACUUUGCAGCAAAUGUGAAAAAAAUAACACAUACUGAAAAAAGCAGCUAAUCUUGCCAAAAUCACUAUUCAAAGAUGUGUUCUUUGCUUGCACUUUACUUAUAUUAAUUAAUGAUUUAAUUGUGACUUGUUUUAUAUGGGAAAAUCAAGACAAGGAUCAAGUAUAGGCAGUCCUUGAGUUACAAACAUCCAACUUACAAAUUUUUCAAAAUCCAAUGAUCACAGGGACAGAAAGUGAAUCCUCUAAACAGGGGAACAAAAUAAACAAGGGUGUUAACCCUUCCCUAUGCUAUUCAAAGCUGGAGUUACACUUUAAAACUGUACCUGUUCUGACUCACAUACAAAUUCAACUUAAAAACAAGUCUACAUAAAUUAUCUUGUUUGUAAUUUGGGACUGACUGUAUAUAGGCCGAGAACUUUCACCGAGCCUGUUUCAUAAUGUAAUCAAUCUUUAAAAUUUGUAUUGCAUGUCUUGGUAAAAAAUAUUUGUAACUUGUGAGAAGAUCAUAUAAUGCCUUUAGGCUUUUUUUACUUUGCUCAUAAUUUCUGUAAGUUCUCAGUUGGGCAAUUUUCUUUAUCUCCAUUUAGUAAAAUAUGGGGCCUUUAAGCUCUGAUUAUGGCAGCAACUGUAAUUCUAACUGCAGAAGAAAAAAAAGAAAAAAAUGACAAUAUUCUAUAUCUUGAGUAAUGUUGUUUUCUCAAGAGUCAUUAUUAAAAUUAAAGUUAAUUUUUCAUUACAAAUAAAACAGGAAAGUAUAGUCUU